AUGAGGAGAUUUUUGGUUGAUAGAGCAAGUAUUGAGAAUGUGAAUGUUGUACAACAAGAAGCCGAAUUAGAACCGCCACCUAAUGUGGUUAAUGAGUUUAACCCAAAUGAGAUUGUGCGUGAUCCAGUUGAUGUUGUCAAAGCUCGGUUGGGCACAAUGAGAGAGAGUGGCUGGAAUAAUUUUUUUGCCGAUGUCCAAGGAUUUUGUGUUGCUAAAAGUAUUCUGGUACCAAAUAUGGAUGACGAAAUACCAGUUCGGGGUCGUUCAAGAGCAGAAGGGAGGACUAUCACUAAUCUUCAUCAUUACCGUGCAGAGAUUUUUUAUGUUGCUAUUGAUAAAAUAUGUGUGGAGAUGGAUCACCGCUUUAGUGAAGGAAGUAACAUUAUACUUGAUUGCUUCUCAUGUCUUGACCUCAAGAACUCUUUCUCCAAGUUUGAUGUUGAUAAGCUUGCUCGUCUUGCUGAUAUUUAUCAUGCAGACUUUUCUGAUGAUGACCGAGGAACAAUUAGGGAUCAACUUGAAACUUAUGUGCUUCAAGUGAGAAGAAAUGCUUCUUUUUCCACUUGUGAAGAUGUUCAAAGUUUGGCUAUGAAGAUGGUUCAAACUGAGAAACAUUUGGUAUUUUUCCAUUGGUUUAUAAACUUAUUGAGCUAG